GUUGCAUUCAACAAAUCACAUUGUAAACGCACUAAACGCCAACGCGGUGAACACAAAAUCGCAAUUUCUCCAACGCCAAGACAAUAAUUCGCAUACGAACCAAGAUUCUUCUUUAAACUGUGAAGUUUUUAUUGUCGCAACAAUGAAAGCAUUCGCGAAUUUGUGCAUUGCCAUCGCAAUGAUUUCGAUUAUUGCUUGCCUCGAUGGCGCGGAAGGACAUGCCAAGCGUGGCGGCGCGCGCGGCUUCCGGCAAGAGGAUGUGCCGAAAGAUGUGCCGCAGGCAUUCAACUCGAGGUUAAGACGCGCUGCAGUAGACGAAGUACCCCAGGAUGCGCCGCAAGGACUCAGGGAGCGAUACCGUCGCGCUGCUGAAAAAUCACCUGAUGAUGCACCUGGAGACGUGCCACAGGAGUUUAACCCAAGGGCACGUCGCGCCGCAAACGAUGAUGUACCCGAGGAUGCGCCACAGGGUUUCAGGUUCCGUCGCUUUGCACAACAUUCUUUGGAUGAUGCACCUGGUGAUGUACCACAGGAGCUGGACCAGCAUGAUAGGUUCCGUCGCUCUCCUAAAAAAAUGCCUGAUGAAGUACCUGAAGACGUACCGCAAGGUCUAAACCACCUAAGUGCCCGAAAACGUCGCUCGCCACAAAUGCCUGUUCCGGAUGGUAUGCCAAUGCCACCAUUUCCACCAUUUCCACAGUAAAGCAUUUUAAAAGCGUUUUUGAAGGCUCGCCACCAACACGCUGGGAGCUUUGACUUAAAAGAAACCAAGUAGUUGGACACGAAAUUUGCGAAUAUACGAAAUUUUCACGAGAGACAGAGAACAGCCGAAUUAUUUAGAAUUACUUAAAAACUUUGUAUAAUAUUAAUAAAAAAAUUCCUUGCAUUGCUUUAA